AAAAAGGUUGACCAUCGGUGGAGCUCAUCCCUUUCUUUCCUUCCAUCUCCUCCAAACAACAAAAAAUAUAGCUGCAGACAGACAGACAGACAGACAGCAACCAACAACAAGAACAUCUCUUACUCUCAUUUGUCAUUCAUUGCCAUUAAUACCUGUCAUCAUGACUCGACCAGCCUCAUCAGGAGCUUUGCCUCGUCCCUCGUCUAUUCACUUUGCAUCCACUUCUGAAGAUGGUAAUCGUAAUCCAGUACCUGCCCACGCCGAGGAUGAAAACGAAUCCUCCUCCUCGGGAGCCUCAAGUCCACGCAUACUCCGAAGUAUUCCUCUAUUCAAAUCAUGGACGACUGAUACCAUGAGAGGAUCAAGUUCCAGACCCGAUAACCGUCGCAGUUCUUGGUCGAACCUGACAGAACGCCUCCGUACCUCUUCACAUUCUCGGUCUCGAAACCAAAGCAUAGACGAUGAACAAGUUACAAAAGAUAAACGCAAGUCGUACGGUGGUGACGAUUUUGUGUUCAAAUAUUCUGGUCGUCGUUCAUCUGAUUUCAUGGGAGCCUAUGCAGAUGUUGCAAAAGCUCAAGCCUUGUACAUGGAGAGGCUGAGAGAAGAACAAUUACGAAAAAACAUCAAGAAGAAUAUCGAUGGCUUGCCUAUUCCUCCACCUGUAGAGCGUCGUCGCUCCAGCGUGACACAUUUACUGGGAAUGGACAAACCCCUACUGUCACGAUAAAAUAAACCUCCAUUGAAGUUGAGGUUUGAUUCUAAACUUGAAAUCCGAUCGCCCAGGGUUCGAGCGUCCCAUUUUCUCUCUAUACCUCAUUUGUGUACUCGUUGUAUCUUAUUACCUGUAUCCCUUCCCUCCUUUUCUCUGUUCCCCUUACUUUUCUUUGCUGUUUAGUUAUUCAUACUCACGUAAUAAAGAAAGCUGGUGUGGUUCACGCCACUAUGACAAUCUAUCAGAAUAAAAAAUCGUAUAUUUUGAUUGCAUGC